GCUGGUGCACAUCCAAAUCACGAACGCCACAAAAGUGAUGAAGAAUCCUGGUGUUGACGUGAAUAAGCAUCGUAAAAGACUAAACUUGUUACUAGCAGUGACUUAGUAUCCAGCUUGUGCACGAAAACAGGCCCAAGCACACGAAACACCCCUACAGAAAUAAGUAUGUCAAAAAUAGGAACAUAUUUAUCAUUCGCAGCUCUCGCGUUUUGCCUUCUGUUGUGUUUUCUGCUGUCAUACGAGCAUCAGCGACUGCAGCAGCGGGUAGAAACAUUGGAACAUGGAGCUAAACCACAUCUGGAUCAAAGAAACGCUCGUAGAACCAAGAGAAACAACGACAAUACCGAUGAGCACGACUUGGAGUGCAGUCAGAAAUUGACGGCUUGAGUGCAGAAGGUUACAGAAAAUCAACUGCGGUCCCUUCUUGAGAACAAGACAUGUGUAAGUGACGAAAGUAUUUGUGUUCAAGGAUCCGCAGAACCUAAAGGUGAUGAUGGACCAGCUGGAGAACGAGUCCCCCAAGGAGAAAAGGGGGAUACCGGGGAUGGUGUUGGUGGACUUUUGACACCCUCUAUCCCGGCAUUCAUUGUAAAACCACACCCUGUAACAGUGAGAGAGAAUGACACCGCCUCCAUUCCCUGCAGGACCGAUGGAAUGCCGAGGCCUGCUGUGACCUGGAGUCGAGAGGACGGCCAACUGCAGAACGAGCGGAGUUUUAUUUUGAUUGACGGCUCCUUGAUGAUAAUGGAUGCUGUUCCCAAUGAUCAAGGUACCUACGUUUGCAAAGCGUUCAACUUCAUUGGUGAGGUGGAAGCGAAGGCAAACUUAACUGUGUUAGUACCCGUUCGAAUCUUAGACCAUUCGCCACAUACGUUCGUAGAGGAGGAAAGUGACUUGACACUCCGCUGUCCAGUAUUCGGAAGACCUGAGCCGGAGAUCACGUGGAACAAAACUUCCGGUGCUCCCUCCGCCUGGAGAACGUUUUUGAAUGAAGGAGAAGUGGGAUUUAGCAAAAUUGAGCUUAAAGACAGCGGCUUCUACAGAUGUGUGGCUCAAAAUAUCUUUAACGAAGUCGACGUUAUUUUGAGAGUGACUGUAGUUCCUCGCUUGAGAUUUGUUAUUGUUCCAAGGAAAAAGACGGAGAUUCAUGUUGGCGAUGACGUAGUUUUGACAUGCGUAGCAGACAGUGGAGAAUUCAUUCCUGUUGUCACGUGGUCGAAAACAUCUGGUGUUUUACCUUCUGGAUCUCGUUUAGAUGAAAAUGGAACUUUGGUCAUCGCCAAUGCAUCUUUUGAUGCCACUGGUUCUUAUACAUGCACUGCGAAAAAUAUCAUUACUUCUAUUGAAACUGAGGUGGAAGUGGACGUAUUGGUUCGCACUUGUACUGAAUGGAGAAGGCUUGGUUACACAGAAAGCGCAGAGUACCGAAUUGACCCUGAUGUUGAGGGUCCAGUCCCUGCAUUUCAAGCGCUGUGCGACAUGGAGGAUAAAAAUGGCGUCGGAAUUACAAUCUUUCGUCACGACAGUGAAGGCAGAAUUCAAACUUCCACUUGUGAUCCACCAGGCUGUUACAAAAAAGAUAUCAACUACACAACAUCUUGAUUGGCUCAGAUUGUAUCGGUGAUAAAUAUCUCUUCUCACUGUGAGCAGUUUAUCCGAUACGACUGUAUGAACUCACUGCUACUAAACCGAGGUAUGCCUGUAGGCUGGUGGGUGUCACGCGAUGGAGAGAAGAUGAAGUACUGGGGAGGAGCUCCACCCAAUAGUGCAAUGUGUGCGUGCGGAGUA